AUGAGAACGGCUCACUUGGCUCUCGCCGUUGGUGCCCUCUCGGGGGUCACCGUCGCCAAAGAGCUGGAGCCCAACGCCGAGCUCUCGGCUUGGUACAACACCGGCGCCGCUCACCAGGAGAACAUGGAGUACAAGGCUGCUCAAUGGGAACAGGCCGAGGCCGAGGGCAAGUUCGACUCGACUCAAUGGACGGGGCGCGUCAAGGACUACCUCGCCUGCAAGGACGGUAAAGUCGAGAUCGUCAAGGGAGAUCCCCUCCAGACCUUCCGAUGCAAGGAUCUCGACCUCUACGACUUCCAGCCUCACGCGGCCUUUGGCAACUCCACCGGCAGGGGCUCCGGCUCCUGGGGCUGGACGUCUCCCGACGGCAGGGAGUUCUUUGCCAUCGGGCAGCGGGACGGCACGGCGUUCGCCGAGAUCUCCAAGAAGGGCAAGCUGAUCUACCUCGGCACGCUGCCGUACUACUCGGAGCCAAGCAUCUGGCGCGAGAUCAAGACGUACAAGAACUACCUCGUCGUCGGCAGCGAGGCCCCGGGCCACGGCAUCCAGUUCUUUGACCUGCGCAAGCUCCUCACCAUCGACCCCAAGAACCCCGUCGUCUUCUCCAACCAGAAGGACCUGACGGCGCACUGGACCGAGGCGCUGCCGCUCGGCCGCAGCCACAACGUCGUCGUCAACGAGGAGAAGGGCUACGCCGUCGCCGUCGGCGCCCAGCCGCGCCGCAACCUGCCCUGCGACUCGGGCCUGCAGUUCCUCGACCUCGCCGACAUCACGAACCCCCUGUACCUAGGGUGCGCCGCCGGCGACGGCUACGUCCACGACGCCCAGUGCAUCGUGUACCGCGGGCCCGACGUGAAGUACUGGGGCCGCGACAUCUGCUACGGAUACAACGAGGACACCUUGACGAUCUACGACGUCACGCACAAGAACUCGACCAACAUCAUCUCCCGCACCAGCUACGAGGGCGCGACCUACACGCACCAGGGCUGGGUCUUCGACCCCAACUGGCAGGACUUCCUCAUCCUCGACGACGAGAUCGACGAGCGCAAUAAGACGGGCCCGGCCGCCGACGGGUUCCCCGUGACGUACUUCUGGGACAUCCGGUCGCUCGAGCGGCCCAAGCAGACGGGCAUCUUCAAGGGCACCGUCCGCAGCGUCGACCACAACCAGUUCGUGCACCGCGGGCUCGCGUACCAGAGCAACUACGGCGCGGGCCUGCGCGUGCUCGACGUCUCGUCCGUCCGCUGGGACCCGACGGCCAAGCACGUCCGGGAGGUCGCCUACUUUGACAUCUUCCCCGAGGACGACGGCGAGCCGGGCGGCGGCGUGACCAACUACACGGGCACCUGGAGCCACUACCCGUACUUCAAGAGCGGCUUUGUCGUCAUCAAUACCAUCGAGCGCGGCGUGUGGGUUGUCAAGCGGUCGAGCCCGUGGUGGUGGCCCUGGUAG